AGAGAUGUGAACAGACCGGUUUUGCUGAAAGCCAAGUUACAUAAACUGCAGAACAACAUAAGCAAUUCCACCUCUUUCAUACAAGAGCUAGUAACAUUUUUUAUGAAAUUAUUUCUUUCUGGCAGAGGGUUAGCUACAUCUACAGAUGAGCAGAAUAUCCAAUAACCCUCCCUUGAAGGAGUCAUCAGGGCUCAAACAUCUGCUACUAAACAACUGGGGAAUUUCUGAAGUGGGCCUAUUUCUUGCAUAAAAACAGCUUGACACUUCUUGUUAAAACUGCCAAAGGAAAUAUGCCAACUCAGCCUCUUUUGGUGUACAUGGAUGGUCCAGAAGGUAUAGCCAGUACUGUUGGUUCACGAAUGGACAAUAAUGAUGCCACUAUGCCAGUAAAAGGAGCCAACACAAUCUCCUAUAAGAACUUGCAAGACAAGUUCUUAAUGCAAAGUGAAGGAUGUGUAUCUUUAGACUGCAUGUUUUGUGAACAGACUUUCAAGCAUUCAGAAGAUCUCGGUAAGCAUGUCUUAACGCAGCAUAGGCCGACACUUUGUGAACCAGCAGUUUUGCGUGUGGAAGCGGAGUAUGUUAGCCAUCUUGAUAAAGGACAAGGGAGGAUUGAUUUGCCAUCACUGGACGUAAAUGAAAAGGAUAGCCAAGACUUCAGCUGUGUGGUUUGUGGGCAAACAUUUGAUGAGGCUUUUGAUGUUGAGGCCCACAUGAGGAAGCAUAAGGAUUCUUUCACUUACUGGUGCAAUGUAUGUGGAAGGAGAUUUAAGGAGCCCUGGUUCCUCAAAAAUCACAUGAGGACUCACACUGGGAAACCUGGCUCUCGCAGCAAGGCACUGCAAGGAUCUGAGAGUCCGGUAAUGAUAAAUGAGGUUGUUCAGGACCAAGUGACAGAAAGUGUAACAUCCCCUUAUAAAAUCUGCAUGGUGUGUGGCUUUCUAUUUCACAAUAAGGAAAGCUUAAUUGAGCACAGCAAAGUACAUACCAAAGAUUCUCUAGCCAACAGUAAUGGCUCUCCAUCAGAAGGGGAUGGUAAAGAAAGUAGGACACCCAGAGAAGAAUUUCUGCAAUUUUUAAACCUAAAGCCACUUUCACCUCCUAAUAACAACAAACAGAAAAAGCCCGUGAAAUGGAUUGCUGAGUUGGAUCCGUUCAGUACCUAUCAGGCAUGGCAGCUGGCUACUAAAGGUAAAAUUGCUAUUGGCCACGGGCAAACAAAAGAUGCUGGCCAAGAGGGAAGCACAGACAAUGAUGACUCAUCUUCGGAUAAAGAAGAACUUGGGGAGAUUUGGAACGCGAGCAAAGCAAACCAGACUGAAAGCACUGGGAAGACCAAGGGAAGCAGAGGUGGAAGUUACACAGGGAUUGGUAACAUGCCACAAGACAAAUUCAAAUAUCCUUGCCGCAAAGUGCCUUCAUUGCAUAUGUCCCAGAACAAAGGCAAGCCUACCCAUUGUUCAGAGUGUAACAAAGCCUUUCGAACUUACCACCAACUCGUCCUUCACUCCAGAGUCCAUAAGAAAGAACGGAAGAAUGAUAUAGAGAGCGGCUGUGAGGAAGGGAAGCAGCUGAGGACAUGCCUUCCUCACCCUGGGACCCUGGAUGAGAACGGAGCCGAACGACUGGAGGGGGUGUCUGAAGAUGGCUCUGAGGAUGGGAUAAUAGAGACUUCAGAUAAAAAUGAAGACGGGUUGGAAAGAUCAAAAGUAAAAAACCUCGGAGCUACUAGAGAAUGCAGCUACUGUGGAAAGUUUUUUCGUUCAAACUAUUACCUCAAUAUUCAUCUCAGAACUCAUACAGGAGAAAAACCAUACAAAUGUGAAUUUUGUGAAUAUGCAGCAGCGCAGAAAACCUCUUUGCGCUAUCAUUUAGAGAGGCAUCACAAGGACAAACAUACAGAAGCUUCAGCAGAUUUGAAAAAUGACAGUAAAGGGUUAUUGCCUUCCCAGGAGGCAGGCUUCUUGUCAGGAAGCGGUCAUGCUCCAGAAACCAAAAAUCUGAAAAGGCUCCUUGAAGACGCCAAAGAUGCCAAAGGAGUCUUCCCACCUGCAAAACAACAGAAAGAGGAGUUUUACCUUUUUUACAAUGCGCCAAAAAAUAUAACUCAGGACACAAGCAAAAACUCCGUCUGUGAUGGCUUGAAAGAGGGCGCAUCUGUUUCAGUUUUAAAACGUGAAAAAAACACAGUGGAGCAUCAGGCAAACAGUCUCGUGAACAGAACUGAAAAGAAGAACUCUGAGUUAACAAAAAAUGUGUUUUAUGCUGGCAGAACGAAGGCGGAUUUAAGUGACAUUACUGAAAACUCAAAAUGCAGAUUAACAGUUCAAGAAAAGCCCUUAAAUUUAUCUACCGCCUCUUCUCAGGAUGCUCCAGUAAUUCUUCAUUCACGGUGUUCCUUAGCAACCAGCACCUGUCCCUUUUGUACUUUCCGGACGUUAUACCCAGAAGUUCUCAUCAUGCAUCAACGGUUGAUGCAUAAGUCUGCUAAUAAUCUCAAUGCAGUUACUAAAAGUAGUAUUAGAAAUAAGGCCGCUCAUAAAGCCAGACGUACAGGCUGCCCACCCUGUCUUUUGGGCAAGGAUGUGCUACCGCUGCCUCUUAAUUUUGGGAAAAUCAAAUCUUCCUUCCUCACGCAAUCAAAAUCUCAGCCUGUGGAGAAGGCGAGGCAGUGUCCCGCCCCACAGAGCAAAGGGCCUAUUCUCUCAGGACAAAACUCCAGCAGCACGGCACCAAACAACUUGAAAUCGGGCAAAUCCCAAAUGAUUGGCAUUCAGAUUAAUAACCGUAGACAACAGCAGGAAAUGCACCAGAGCCCUAGUCGCACUUCAGCGCAAGAUAAAGGGAAAUCAAGGCUGUUGGCUUCUCAUUUAGGAACAGGGAAUAGCAGCACCAACAGCUCUUUGGAGAACCCUUUGACCAAAGCUGCUGGGUCAACUAGUCGAGAAGUAGAGUUUUUCAGUAACAGAUCUGCUGGGAAUAGAUAUGUGGGAUUUGAUGGACUGCCUUCUAAAAGAUUUAGGCCUAAUAUCUUUGCCCUGGAACAGAUCGACUCUGCUCGACAUCGGACAGAGAGUGAAACUGCUAGAUUACCUCUUUCAGGCAAAUAUUCAGGUCUGCUCCCUCAGGAAUGUUCACACACCAAGCUUGCCUCUCUCCUGCCUUUCAAACAAGGGCUCAUGAGCUCUGAAAGAGAUGCUGUAAAUCCAGUGACGGUUCUAAAACCAUACGAAACGUAUAACCCGGGUUCAUUUGCCAGUUCCUGUGGAUCGGGUAGCAACCACGUCCCCAGCUCUUCAAAAGAAGGAAAAAGACCAGUGUCAUAUCAACACCUAUCUAAUUCCUUGCUGCAAAAGCGAAGUUAUGAGAACUUUAUUGGCAAUACCCAUAACCGCCUGAAUGAUAAAAAAACAUGAUUUGGCUGCAACAGAUGGUAUGAAGACACAGAUUUUGAAUUACCUUACAGUUCAUCUCUUGAGAAUGAUAGAAUGACAAAAGCUACCAAACUAAGCUGUGAUUUUAUUGUGCACAGAGGAAAAACACUACAGUUGUGUAAUGGAAGAUUUGAUCCUGUUUGGAUGAAGCAAUGUAAACGUUAUUGUCCAAGACAGUGUUGUCCAAGUGUGUGUAUCUUUUC